CCUCGGACUCAAAGCAGAGAGAGGAGAAAAAACACAAAAGGCAGCGAAGCGGCCGCGAAAAGCUCGACUCGGAGAUAAAAGGGAAAGCGAGCGAGAAAGAGAGAGGAGAAGCAUUGGUGGCGUGAGGCGGUUGGAGCGGGGCACGCGCGCGGCCGAAGGGGGGAGAGGAGAGAGGAGGCGGGGUGGCGCCGACGCCGGCGGCAAAGGUUGGUUGUCCUAGGGUUCCUGUCGUUGCUCGCGGGAAGGGUCAGCGAAGCAAAAUGGCUACAGAGAGUGCUCGGCCGUUGAGUGGAGGAACUGGAGCAGGGAAGUGGCCACCAAGCAAGGACACGGGUUCCUAUGAUUCUAUUCCAGCUAGCCUUUCAGAAGAUGAGUUAGCGGAGUUGGCCUUCAUGCCAAAUAGUGGCGGCAUUUUUGGGAAGUGGAGGGGUUCUGUCCUGGAACGCAGUGGAAGCGCUCCUCCUACCAUGGAAGGUUCUUUAGUUGCACUUGGUCACCUCACAGGUCAACCGAGUGGCAACCUUGGGGCCAUACUGCCAAACUUGGGCACUGAAGCUAACAAUUCAGAGUCUAAGGAGAAUAUAUAUUAUGAUUCGGCAUGCGUCAAAUACUAUAUGUCCAAGGUGAAUUUGAACCCAAGGUUUCCUCCACCACUCGUUUCAAGGAACCAGUUUGGCAAGUCUGAAGAACGAAAGCCGUUCUCCCUUGAUGACAGCAGCAGCAGGUCCUUACUUCUUGGUCAUCCUACUCUGCCAACACACAAGGAAGAACCUGAGGACGAAAAGUCACCAAGUUUGGAUUCAAGUUCAGCAGACGAUGCUCAAUGUGAUUCUGCCCAAAGCACAUCUAACUUAGGGGGCCACAGUCCAAAUCUUGUAGAUUCAAUUAAGGAAAACUUUCAUCGGAGCAAUGGUUUGUAUGAUAAUUCUUCCGAUCUUUUAAAUGCAAACUCUGGUGAUGGAGGGUCGAUUUAUUCUGGCAUUAGUUCAUUGAAGAAUUCCUCACUUUAUGUUGUCCAGUCAUCAGACUUGAAUGGAUUUCCACCAGAUGCUCAUCAGCGUUCCCCUAGACCUAUUAGGACUCCAGUCAGUACAAAACUUACUAGCGACAGUCUGCCAGCUUCAUCUCCUCCCACUUCAUCCUGUUCUGACUACAGUACUAUUACUGAAGCUUGUCAGCAAAGAAAUCCAAGCAUGGCCGUUAAACCUGGUGAACCAGUUGGUACCAUGCUUGAUAGUUCAGACUUCAGUCUGAAGAAUUUGAAUAUUAGUCCGGAUAUCCUAAGUAGUUCAUAUGUCAUGCAACAGUGGCAGAAAAAUGCCCCAGUGUGGAAUGGCCUAUCAAAUGUAGUCCAUGGCGAUCAUGUGCCAAUGAUUCCUCCAGGAAUUAAUCUUCCUCAAGUUCCAUUUGUGGACAAUUCCGGUUUUGGUCAUAUGAAGUUCCCUGGUGAUGUUCAACUGAUGUCCCAGAUCGGGAUGGCAACACCUUUUUGUACACCAAAUUCUUUUGGGAUACCAUGUUAUCCUAAUUUGCAGUCGCCUAGUGUUUGGGUUCCUCCAUUCGGAAUCGGCGGCUAUGGUUUGCCUGGUCCAUUUGUCCCACCUGUUAUAACUAACUUCACUCCUCAACUUCCUGGUUUUCCUUCAGCAGUAAAUCUUGCUGCAGCAACUGACUUAUUUCACCCAUAUAAGAUGUAUGAGCAUCUUGGGGUACCUAUGCCAUCCCCUGUUCCUGAUCAGAGCCUUACGCAUUAUUUUCAACAGCCCCCUAUCCAUCCGUAUGGUGUUGGAAAUCCAUAUGAUACAAUGGUUUCAAGUAAUAAUUUUGUAGGGAAUCCUGCUGGCGUUUUUGGUUCACCAAUCAUUGACCCAUCAGAGCAGAAGUUUCAGAUACCGGUUACUACUGUAGCUGCUAAUGCCUCUACUCCCAUCAAAGGUGGAAAGCCCAUUGGGAAUUAUGAGACUGCCUCACCUUACUUUGGCGUACCGAUGCCUUAUCCAGCAGGUCCAACAUUACAUGGGCAACCUGCUUCUGGAACAUCUCCUCGUGACAAAAGGAACGAUGUCAAGGGAUUCCAACCCCCUCGAAAAAAUAUGCCUGUUAGUUCCGAGAUACAAGGUCAGAAAGGGAGGGAGAAGUUUGAUGAUCCCAAGGCACACUUUUCUGUUGAAGAACUAAUAUCCAGCAGAACUCAUAGGGUUGAGCUGGCUGACAUCAAAGGACAGAUAGUGAAAUACAGCUCGGACCAAAAUGGUAGCCGGUUCAUUCAGCAGAAACUGGAGAAUUGCACCAUUGAAGAAAAGGAUUUACUUUUUGCCGAGGUCCUUCCUCAUGCUUUGGAAUUGAUGACUGAUGUAUUCGGAAAUUAUGUUAUUCAGAAGUUCUUCGAAAAGGGGAGCCCACAGCAAAAGAGAGAAAUAGCUAAUAAGCUUGCCGGUCAUGUGUUUUCUUUGAGCCUUCAGAUGUAUGGAUGCAGAGUAAUUCAGAAGGCCCUUGAAGUAAUUGAUCUUGAACAGAAAAUUGUUCUUGUUGGUGAACUCGAUGGACAUGUGCUGCGAUGUGUUCAUGACCAAAAUGGGAAUCAUGUUAUACAAAAAUGCAUUGAAUGUAUUCCAUUGGAACAUAUUGGUUUUCUGGUGUCAUCUUUUCAGUGCCAGGUUGCCAAACUGUCAAUGCAUACAUAUGGAUGUCGUGUUAUUCAGAGAAUCCUCGAGCGUUGCAGCAAUAAUUCUGAAUGCCUUUGCAUAAUUGAUGAAAUCUUGCAGUCUGCUUGCAUCCUCGCACAAGAUCAGUAUGGGAACUAUGUUGUGCAGCAUGUUUUGGAGAAAGGGAAUGAACAUGAAAGGGGCCAAAUCAUCACUAAAUUGGCUGGGCAGGUAGUGCCCAUGAGCCAAAACAAAUUUGCGUCUAAUGUCAUAGAGAGGUGUUUUGAACAUGGGGGCAGUGCAGAGCGGGAACUUUUGGUCAAGGAGAUUCUGAAGCAAACUGAGGGCAAUAACUAUUUGCUGGUGAUAAUGAAGGACCAGUAUGCUAAUUAUGUGGUACAGAAGAUGCUUACAACAUGCAAUGAACAACAUAAGGAGAUCCUUCUCAGUCGUGUGAAAAUCCAUUUGCCAUUAUUGAAGAAAUACACCUAUGCCAAGCACAUCGUCAGCCUAGUCGAGCGCCUCUGCGGUGACGGAGCUGUGCAGUCCGAAUCCAAAAAAACUGUAACCAAGGGCUGCUGAAUUCGCCACAGGAAAGCCGACUCUUUUCUGCCAACCCUGUCAAGUUCAGCGUAGAAGGCCUAUCAGUCGCAAAAGUGGCUAACAAAGCAACCAAAAAAAAAAACUGUCAACCUGUCACCAUAGAUCAUCAUCAUACAGAUAUAGUCGUUCCAAGCGGUUUGUCCGUGUAUUUAAGCUAGGAAAUGAUAGUGUCAUACUAUAGGAAUGGUAAUAAUCAUCUGUGUGGGCUGUGGCUGUGGAUGCUGCGUCUCACAGAAGAGAGUCUGAGUGUGGUGGUGCGUUGCCGUACAGUACAUAUCCCGUAGUCUUGAGUCUUGUACCCCUGCUUGGUGAUGUGUAGUUAUCGCCGCAUCCAGCUUGCUUGGUCA